AUUUUUAGAAUGCGGCGUCAUAGAGUGUCGAUCUAGGUGGUCUAGUUCUGUGCUCGUUCAGCAACUGCGCGCCUCCGCGACACAGGCACACUGUUGUGCACCGCGCACGCGCAUCUGCAUGCGGUAGUCGUAAAGCAGGAAGACAAUCAUUAUUAUGAAUUAUAAUUAAAUGGAAAAAAAACAGAAGAAUAACUAAAGAAGAAGAAUCGCCAUGAUGAUGGAUGAGCCCAAACCUAACUGGGCUUCUUCGCUCCUCUGAAGCCUCUUCCGGCGUGCGGAGCUCGGCUUGCUUGGUCUGGUGCUCCGCUCUUUGUCAGCAGGUUCGACAGCCAGCCAGCCAGCCGGCCAGCCAGCCGGGCGGGUCUCCGGGUCUUCUCCGAACCUACACUCGUUACUUUAACAGGAGUCCGGAUUGUCGUUUUUAUCCCGGUGCUGGUCAGACCAGGAGAACCUGGAACGAACCGGCUUUUGUUGCGAGACAAAAAGCUAAUCAAGUCAUAAUCAAUUUAAUCAGCGUCAAUUAGAGCUCAAAUCAGGCACUGGUUUCAUCCCGGCUCCAAGACCAUGCCGUAUAUCUGGUCCUGGUUCUGGUUCUGAGACGGAUCCCCCGCUGGCAACCUCGCUCUUUUGUGCUAUUGUUCCCGGUCCCGUCUUGAUUCUGAUCCUGGCCCGGUUGCUGGAGUGUACAGAGGAGGAACCAUGCCGGAGUGCGUGUCCGUCUCCGAGUUCGUGCAGGAGGUUCUAGAGGACUGGAGCUCGCCCACCACCUCCUCGUUUAGCUCCAAGAUGGGCGGCUGCAGGAACACCGUCUACCUGCUGGAGGAGGCUCUGGACAGCGACCGCUUGUUGUUGCAGAAGAUGAAAAAAGCAGCUAAAGCCAAAUACACAUCAGGACAAGAGCAUGUGUCCCAUCUGGAGCAGUACAUCCUAUCCAUGGAGAAACUGUCAAUCAACUGUCACUCCAACGGAGAGUCAGAGGUGGGCUCCGCCUUCUGUCGCCUGGCUGACUUCUCCAAGGAGCUCGUCUCGCCCCUGAAGAACCUGCUGAAGAGCAUGCUGCACAACAUCAACUUCUUCCUGGACUCGCUGGUAAAAGGCGACCUGCGGGAGGUGAAGGGGGAUCUGAAGAAGCCUUUCGACAGAGCUUGGCGAGAUUAUGAGAGCAGAUUCAAGCAGGUGGAAAAGGAGAAGCGUGAGCUAGCUCGUCAGUACGGAAUGGUAAGGAGCGAGGUGAGCGGCGGCGAGAUUGCAGAGGAGCUGGAGAAGGAGCGACGCUCCUUUCAGCUGAGCAUGUGUGAGUAUCUGAUUAAAGUCAAUGAGAUCAAGACAAAGAGGGGAGUGGACCUGCUGCAGAACCUCAUCAAACACUUCCACAGUCACAACAAUUUCCUGCAGGAAUGCGUUUCUACCACUCACAGGCUGAAGCAGUACAUGGAUGAGCUGAACGGCGUGCUGACCUCGGUGAAACAGCGUCAGGAGGAGGAAAAACGUCAACUGGUGUCACUUCGAGAUCAACUGAGGCCUGUUGUACACACCGAGCAGGAUUCUUUACCUAAGCAGGUGUACAACAUGCAUCAGCUGCUAGGAGAUAAACAGUAUGGAACAGAGAGAAGUGGGUUCCUUUACAAGAAGAGUGAUGGGUUGAGGAAAAUGUGGCAAAAGAGGAAAUGUUCUGUUCAUAACUGUUAUUUGACCAUCGCGCACGCAACGUCAAACAAACCUCCCACCAGACUCAACCUGCUCACUUGUCAGGUCAAACCCAGCGUGGAGGACAAGAAAUGCUUCGACCUCAUCUCUCCAGAUAACCGUACCUACCACUUCCUGGCGGAGGAUGAAGCAGAGUGUGUGGCCUGGAUCUCGGUGCUUAGCAACAGCAAACAGGAAGCUCUGACGGUGGCGUUGGACGGAGGCAGGAAAGCCGGUGCGGAGAGCAGCAUGGAGGAGCUGACCCGCUCCAUUACUGAUGAUAUCAGACGCAUGCCUGGAAACAACAACUGCUGCGACUGUGGAGCUCCAGACCCGGGCUGGGUGUCAACUAACUUGGGCAUCCUGACGUGCAUCGAGUGUUCCGGGGUCCACAGAGAGAUGGGCGUCCACGUCUCCAGGAUCCAGUCCCUCAGUCUGGACAGUCUCGGUACAUCCGACCUGCUGUUGGCCAGAAACGUUGGUAACUCAGGUUUUAAUGAGAUACUGGAGGCAAACCUGCUGAGUCCAUCAAUGAAGCCAUCGCAGCACAGCCACAUGACGGAACGUAAAGACUUCAUUCAGUCCAAAUACCAGGAUGUUCACUUUGUGAGGCGGAGUCACAGCUCAUCCACGGCGCUGCGGAUCCUGCAGGAGGCCACCAAGAGCUGUGACAUCUACAGUCUCAUCCAACUGUACGCCCAACGCACCGAGCUCAGCCACCCGCUGCUCUCUCAUAUACAAGAGAAAGGGGAGACGGCGCUUCACCUUGCUGUCCUAUUGGCUGACAGGACAUCUUUACACAUUCUGGACUUCCUGGCACAGAACUGCUCCAAUGUGGAUGUACAGACGGUGGCGGGGAACACAGCACUGCACUACAGUUGUCUGCACAACAAGAGUGAUUGUGUGAAGCUGCUGCUGAGGGCCAGGGCCAACACACACAUAAAGAACGAGCUUGGUGAGACAGCAUUGGAUGUGAGCCGCAGAUUGAAGCACAGCCACUGUGAGGUGCUGCUGCAACAGGCCCAGUCUAACCAGUUUGACCAUCAUAUCCACGUGGAGUACGAGUGGAGGCUUCGUCAUGAUGACGUUUAUGACAGCGAUGACGACUUUGAUGACAAGAAUGGUCCUGUAAAGAAAGAACGUUCCUCCUCCUCCUUCUCCUUCCCCUCACGACCUUUCAGCUUUGGUCACUCGUCGUCCUCCUCCUCCACGACCACCCCUCCAUGCACAGGUUUGUCAGGAGGAUCCGCCCCGGCAGGAGGAGGUAGCGGUGGCUUGCUCAGCGUGGGACGCAGGCUAGCCAUGGCCAUGGAGCACCACACGCGUCCCCCGGCUUCUGCGGCCAGUCCCCCUCCGCCGCCGCCCUCCUCACCCGCUCCACCGCUGCCCCCCAGGGUCAAAGCUCCCAACGUUCCUCCUCCUCCUCCUCCUGCUUGGAAGGAAGGGGCGUGCGAGGAAGCGGAGCACGAGGGGGAGGUAUUUUUCCCCCUGAUGGGAAACAGGAAGACGACUCCACCCCCGCCUGUUGCCGCACGCCACAAGAGGAGCAGCUCCGAGUCUGGCAAGCACGAAUACGGGAUACCAGCCAGUCUCAGGAGCUACAGCGGACCAGAUUCCUCCUUCAAGUGUGUUCCAUCUUCUCCUCUCAGCUCGCUGACUGAACAAGCAGAUGGAGGCACUUGCUGUCCAGAAACAUCCAAACGAGUUUUCCGUAGGGCGGAGAGCGACACAAGCUCCUCCCACUUCCUGCACCACACCAGAAGAACAUCCCCUAACGGCUCUCCAAACAAUCAGCGCUCGCAGAGUUUUGAGAGCACCAACAGAGGCCCCGCCCCCCAGCCGCUCCCUCGCAGGUCAUUGCCUCGGGGCACGGGGUCCACUCGACGGGUUCGCGCUCUGUACGACUGCGAGGCAGACCACCACGAUGAGCUGAGCUUCAACGAGGGACAAGUUCUAGUGGUCGUGGGACAGGAGGACCGUGACUGCACGGUUAUAUCGAAGAGGAACCGGACCAGAGGGGCUUGUUCCCGUCUUCCUUUGUGCAGCCGCUCUCAGACUAAGAGAAGGAACCUCGGACCAGAACCUCAAUACCAGACCACUGCCAAGACCGCACAGAACCGGCGGAGGUCUUCAACCUGCCACAGCUGCAUUGUUCAAGCCCGGAGACGCUGUGAGCCACGUUGUCAUAGCAACCUGUGUCUCAUGCCCUCUAUCACCAUGGAAACGUUUAGUGUCGCUGACCUUUGCAUGAGGACUCAACAGGAGACUAGAGCUGCAUCUGAGAUGGCGGAUACAAGUGACCAAUUAGAAAGGGCUCUUCAAAAUAAAACAUCUCCAACUGGAGAUUUAAUUUUGAAGGUCACCCUAACAAUUGUAUUUAUUUUUAUUGAUUGUGUUAAUGAUUGUAUGGACAUUAUCGGUGCUAUUCGUCUUCUUGGUCCUGGUUACAAAGGAUAAUUCAUGGGAAACCAAAGCACAAAUUGAUGCUCACGUCAGCCUUGAGGACUUUGAGAACAGCAGGGGAGGUGGAGCCUAACGGGGCGUGGCUGACGCGUCCAGCUGCCUUUCAGUAGCAAGUCACUUCCUGCCUUCAGCCACAAAUAAACGACUACAUGACUGCACCAAAGCAUAUGAAUGAAAUAUGUAACAAAAAAAGUCAGAACAUGAUGACAAUAAAGUUGUGCUUGCUGGAUGAAAACAAUCAUUAAGGAUUGAUGACCCAAGGAAUUAUUUGCAACUAUAUUUUUCUUUACAUAAAAAAUUGUGACUUUAUUCUCAUAACAUCACAUUUUUAAUUUUAACACAAGUGCAUCUUUACUCUUGUAUAUUUUUAUCCUAUCCAUUCAAAAAAUGUGAAAUUACCUUAAAAGCUCAUGUAGAAUUAGAAUAAAUAGCAAAAAAAAUGACAAACUUUACCGUAAAAAACUCUUA